AUGUGGACAGAGCUUGGUCUUUGCCUGAGGGACUUGGCGAACAGUGAAGCCCUCCUUGGAUUAUAUGUCUUCGUUGACCUUCCUCGGCGGAGCUUCCGCUUCCUCUUCUUCAGGGAGCUUCUGGAUGAAGCAAGAACAUGUCUCUCAGAUCCAAAGAGCCACUCCAGUCAUAAGGUUGCAGCUGCCUUCAAUGCUCAAAUGAUGAUAUGUCUUCAGCUGAAACAUGACUCAGUCCUUAUUGACAUGGCAGGUCCUCUUCUUCCUUGCAUUCUCCAAGCAACAAGCACAAUAUUGGCUGAAGGACUCAUCAUUGAUCUACAAGAAUGA